GCCCCACCACGUGCUGCUUCCCUUGGCACGGCAAGGGGUGGCCACGGGGCUCGCCCACCCCAGGUGUCCACAUUGGACUCAUCCACUCGUGUCACCCCGUGAUAUUUCUCCUCCCUCUGUAGCCACCGCUGCCAUGUCAGCCCCAAACCCCGCACCAGCAGAGGAUGGGCAGGAGCUGAAGCAGAGCGUGGUGAGCCGAGUGGCCAGCCUGCCCCUGGUGAGCUCUGCCUAUGGCAUGGUCUCCACCGCCUACGCCUCCACCAAGGAGAGCCACCCCUACGUCAGGUCCGUCUGCGACGCCGCCGAAAAGGGGGUGAAGACGCUGACGGCGGCGGCGGUCAGUGGGGCACAGCCCCUCCUCACCAAGCUGGAGCCCCAGAUUGAUGGGUCUCAGCCCUCUGAGGGGUAG